AUGACAUCGAUCAGGAAUUUGGAAGAGGAGCUUCAAAGUUUAAAGUCAUCGUAUGAACAAGACAUACAUAGAUUAGAAGAGCUUAUAAGUGAAGCUGGAAGCAGACACAAUACAUCUUAUUCAUCUUCGUAUUUAGAGUUCAUGCAAAGACGACAGACGCAGAAACCUGACUUCGUCGACAACGAAAUCACACCGCCAUUAUUCAGUGAAUCAUCUCUGAGCAAUAUUCAGAAUGGACAGAGGAAUACACCGAGACGAAGUGUUUCCUUUGAGGACACAGAAACAAAUGAUGAUACAUCAAAUUCCAGACAGGCAAGUGCUUAUUAUACCAAUGACAGAACAUCAUUGAUUGGACAACAUGGUUCAGUGCACUCCGGUUUAAGUAGCCCAGAUGUAAGAGAAAAUGAAACUGAAAUGAACAAUUUUGUUCAACCAAGACUACAGACAAAAUGGACAUCGACUCCCGCUGGAACGGUACCAGCCACAGCAUGUUCAGAUUUAGGUUCUCAGAAUGCUUAUGCAGUUAAAGAUCGUCGACCCUAUCAAGACUAUGACAGAAGAAUUGACCAACCACAAUACAACUAUGGAAGAAAACCCAUUAGUAUGCCAAAUAAAUAUGAUGGCUGUUCAAGUUUGGAAGAUCAUUUGAUACAGUUUGAAGUUUCUGCUAGAAUAAACAGAUGGAAUAAUAGAGAAAAGGCAGAGUUUUUAGCUGUGAGCCUGGUAGGGCCUGCCCAAGAAUUACUUGGCACAGUAAACCCCUACACAUUACAGGAAUAUGGAGCUUUAGUAGAGGCAUUAAGGCAGAGAUUUUCACCACCGCAGUUGACAGAAAUUUUUAAAGUAGAGUUACGUAAAAGACAACCAAUGGAGACGUUGCCUGAGUUUGCUCAAGCUGUCAGACGUCUUGUGAAUUUAGCUUACCCUCAAGCGACAACAGAGAUGCGCGAAACCUUAGCAUUAGAUCAUUUUAUGGAGAAUCUUGGAAGUGUUCAAGUGUUGGAGGCUAUUGAAAGAGCCGAUAUGAAUAGGCGGGGGAAGAUUGCAUUUCAGAUAUCUUCUACUAAGGAUAGAGAUGACUACAAGAGAAACUCAAAGCAAGAUAGGACAAAGCAACAGAAGAAUGAGAAAGCCUUGGAAGAAAAGCAGCAAGAUGAUUCAAACAGAGAAGAGAUCAGACAAUUGAAAAGGAGAAGAAAUGUUAAAAGAUUUAAGAAUAAAGAGUAG